AUGGCAGUUAAGUGCAGUGCGUGCGGUAAAUACAUGUCUCCGCAAGAUGGCGCUAAUGUUACUUGUACAAAGUGCAAUAAACAGCUACAUCGUGCGUGUGUAGGCAUCCCAGUGGGCGCUUCACUAAUGCCAUCCUGGGCUUGCCCUGAAUGCAAAUUGAAAGAAAAACGUUGCAACAAGGACACAACGCCGAUAAAACCCGCAACAAUUACUGUUGCUAAUUCGAGUGAGGUUUCAAACCUCGGAGAGGAAUUGCGAUGUUUCCGAGAAGAAAUGCAACAAACCCGCGAAGAAUUUCGGGCAUUCAGAGAAGAACUUCAGGACAUAAGAAACCUUGUCAGCAAAUGCGAUGCUCGUUUAGAUAAGCUCGAGUACACGGUCCAAACUAUCCUGGAAUCACAAGAGCAAUAUGGCUCUCAAGGAUUAAAAAUUGAAAUCCUAAAACUCGAGUCGACCGUCAAUCAGCUGCAAGCUGACUUAAACGAUAGGGAUCAGGAGUUGCUUGCAAAUGACGUCGAAUUAAGUGGCAUUCCAGAGGAGAUUGGGGAGAACCCAACACACUUGGUUCUAUCAGUUGUGACCAAGCUUAGUGUUCAUUUGGAGGAAAAGGCACUGGGCCAUUGGAUGACCUUGUCCACUCCCGCUCCAGCUAACGGCUUCGUAUUUCCAGACGAUGUGCGACAACAAAGAAAAUUGGAGCCUAUUACUCCGCCCGUUCUACCGGUCCUAGAGCACCUGGAGCGAGAUCCUAGUACGCUACUCCCGGGUGAGGGUGGUAGCAAAAGUUUUCCUGGUCAAUUGAACCCUCGUUUUGGCUUUGGAGGAGGAUUCAACGUGGCUCCAACAGGAACAGGGGGCCUGACAGCCAGUAUAAGCAGCAGCGCGAGUGGGGCAGGCAUCAGUCAUGCAGCUUCACAAUCGUUCUCAUUUGGAUUUCAAGAGGGCUUCAGUGCAUCGCAUUCAGCAAGUCAAGCUUCUUCAUUCAACGGAAUUGGAAGUUAUGGAGGUAGUCAAGCAAGCAGUCAGGCUGCGUCGUUCAGCGGUGCAGGCACAUCGGUAGCUGCUGCUGCUGCGUCAGCAGCUGCUCAAAGUAGCAACUUCGGAAGUCAGAGCGCUUCCUCUGCGUUCGGGUUCAACUCCCUAAAUGGAGGAUUCUCUAGACCGGAAGCGACAUUUGGAGAUGGUCUUCUGGACAUAAGACACCGAGGGGUUCCGAACUUCCCAUUCCCUAAUCUGUUUGGCAGGAACAAAGGAUCCGGUGCGGCGGCUUUUAGAUCAUUAAAAGUACCAUCAAGCAGAAACAGAGACGAUUUUCUAGCCGUUUUAGUUUCAAAUUAA